UGUGACAUUUUUUAAUUAUUGCAAAUAUAAAACUUAUAUGAAAAAUUAUGAACACUAAAUUUGAUUAUCUAAUUAUUCGAAAGUAUAUUCUUAUGUGAAAUAAUGAGUGGAAAAAUGUUUGCAUUUGUGUGUUCCGUGCUUCUCGUCGUCAUUUCGUUAUCGAAAUCGCAGCAAAAUUCUACCAACAGAGAUGAGAAUUUGACGAUACGAUACGAGAUAAAUGCGGAUUCUACAACAAAUUAUAACGACGAAAUAAUAACACUGCGACAUGAUUUGCAUAAAAAUUUGACGAAUAAUACACAAAAUGACAAAAUGCAGCAUAAAUUUUAUAUGAAUAACAAUCGCGAGGAUAAUGAUUUAAUUCAACAUAAACUGAACAAGCAUUCAAUGCAGAAUAAAGAUGAUGAGCAAAAAUCGAUGAAAUCUAACACGAAUUCGACAAAUGUCAAUCAUAAAAGGAAUUCCAUGUCACAGAAAGUUCAUGAAAAUGUAACUGAAAAGAUUGAUUCUAUGUCACUUGAAGUUUUCAAAAAUUCCAGCAAAGAUACUAAUGAAACUAUCAUCGUCCCAAACGAAAUGUGUCAUAAUGAUACUUGUAUUCGGCUCUGCUGUUUUCUUGGCAAUCGUUUGGUUGAUGAAAACUGCAUUCCUGAAGAAAUUGAAUACAUUUUUCCAAAAGUAUACACGAACGAUUCGACGCAGAGCGAAAAGAGAGUGAACGAAUUGUUUGAGCUGUCCAUUUAUGAUUCGUGCCAGGAAGAUCAACUGCGUCCCAAAGAUUCUCAGUACGAUUAUAAGAUUUUUACCAACGGUUCUAUAUAUUUAACUUAUUAUAAAAUAUUUGUUGAAUCGACAUCAUAUUGUCUCACUGCCGUCGACGGGAAUGAGUUCCAAGUAACCAUCUGUUCCAAAACUUAUGACAAGAUCAAUGAGAUAAUUGAUAAAGAACCCAGAUUUUCUGGCGAAGAAAUUAUGGAAAUAAGUGCCGAUAUAGUAUCUAUGUUAUUUUUGGGGUCAAUAUUUCUGGUGUAUUCCAUAUUGCCAGAACUCCGAAAUAAACACGGCUUCAUGUUGCGCAAUUACAGCGUUGCUUCGUUUGUUGCAUACGGAGUUGACAUGGUGUAUGUUUUGAGUGGUGUACAGUAUCCCGUCUGUGUUAUAAUAGCCUUUUUAACACACUUUUGUUAUCUGGCGAGUUGGUUUUGGAUAAAUAUAAUAAGCUUUGAUAUGUGGUGCACAUUUAGAGGAUUCUGUUCAUUACAAAGAAACGUCAGACAACGAGAAAAAAGAAAGUUGAUAUAUUAUACGAUCAUUGCGUGGGGAUGUCCCUUUAUGUUUGCUAUUUUAUGUGUCAUCAUGGAAUUUCUUUCCGCGUAUGUAAAUGUACCACCGAUUUUGCGACCGGAAUUUAAUUUAGGAGAUUAUUGCUGGUUCAAUGAGACUGGUCCGUAUUGGUUGUAUUAUUAUGGGCUCAGAAGUAUGUGCAGCAUCAGUACCAUUUGUUUAUCUAUUUCUACGGCAUUAAAAAUUGAGCGUUCCAAAAAGGAUACGGGUCUUUGUCUGAAAGAUUCGGUGAACAAUUGCUUUAACGAUAAUAAAAAAUGGUUUAAUCUAUAUUUGAAGCUAUUUAUCGUGCUGUUUAGCUUAAUGGGCAUAGAAUGGCUCAUUAUAACAGCGUACGACAUAUUUGGAAAGGUACCAAUUUACAACAUUUUAUGGUAUGUUGUUUAUUUGCUGUACAUUAUACAGAGUCUAUUCGUCUUUAUCAUAUUUGUGUGGAGAAAAAGGAUCAAGCGCAUGUUAUUCAAGCGAUUUGGCUGCGGUUUGUUGCCAAAAGUUCGAUCCGAAUGGAAUGCAACAUCGUUAAGCAUUAUUACCACGACAAAAGAAAUAGUCAUGCAGGAGAAUAUGAGUUCUUCCGGAGGAGGAAGAGGUCACACUGAUAGCACCGAACUUUAAUUUUCAUUUGAAAAUUAAAAUCAUGUUUAUUUAUGCUAAUCUUUAUGUUUAAGAUUAAUAGUUAUAAUUCACACAUAUUUCGUAGCAAAAACAUAUUAUUUUGUAUCGUUUCUUUUUCAAAUUCAAAUGAGGUUAUGUUACAUUCCUUGACAUAUAUUGAAAUAUUUAUAAUAUUGUUAAUUGUAGCGGCUGAUAU